UUGUUCUUAGAAGUCCAUUCUGGCACGAUAUACCCAAUACCCAACUCAAAGAAGGCUUUACUUGAUGAAAAGAUUUUUCUAAAGAACCGUCCACGUACAGUUAGGAAUGGUAUCUCCUUCAUAGCAAUGAAAUGAAAGGCUUAUUGGGAAGCAAGUCAAAAUAACAACAACCAGAGGAAGCUCUAUUUCAAAGCAAGAAGCUGCUCAAGAACGAAGAGGAAGGUGAUGGCCAAUUCAUCUUCAGGGCACCGCCAACUCAUCAUCUCUCUUCUCUUCCUUGAGUAGCUUUUAAGCCUUAUUAUCUUUCCUCUCUCUCUCUCUCUCUCUCUCUCUGCAAGUCUCUUCGUCACAUAACCAACUCCAACCGCACCAUGGAAAAUCCUCCUGGACGCAGAUUCACAGGAAUCUUCUUCAUAAUCAUAAUCUCCAUUUUCUUCGGCCUAAUCUCCUUCUUCUCCUGUGUUGUAGCUGAGUUCAAGAGAAAUAAGAAGGAGGAUUUGAGAUGGAAUGGAAGAUUGUGUUUCAUGCCAUCGAGCCCUGCAUUUGGGUUUGGUAUUGCGGCUCUGGUCAGCCUCUUCUUUGCCCAGAUUAUUGGGAAUUUUACUUUCUUCAAGAAUUCUUGUUCAGGAGGGAAAAAAAACGUCAGUUUUAAGAUACCAGCAAUUGCAAAGGUUCUGCUUCUGAUCUCUUGGCUGAGCUUUGGGGUUGCAGUAGUUAUGCUGAUAUCAGCAACAAGCAUGAGCAGAAGACAACCUUAUGGAGAAGGUUGGUUGAAUGGUGAGUGCUACAUCGUAAGAGGAGGCACUUACGUUGGAUCAGCCAUAUUGAUCCUUCUGGCAUUGGCUUCUUGUACAGCAGGAUCAAUGCUUUCCACUGUGAAGACCACACAAGCAGAUGAGAAUCGUAAAGUACACGCACAAAUGGGGUAACAUUGUUACAGACUUAUUGUUAUUAUUUAUUACAGAUAAAGAAAAGAAAAGAAAGAAAGAAAGAAAAAGAAUUGGCAUGUGAAACAGAGGAGGAAUCAAAGCAGAGGUUUCUUUUGAGACAAACCAAAGAAUGGGGUGGAGGAAUGAGGAUGACAGAAUGUUAACAAAUGACGCAAGUUGGAAAGAAAGGGGAAAUAAAAGGCUUCUAAAGAAAGGAAUACCAUACUAUUCUUUCUUUUUUUUUCAAAAAAAUAAAAAGAGUGUCUCACUGGACCCUCUCCAGCCAAUCAAUCCUCCGAUCAAUAGUUUUUUUUUUAUUUUUUCGCCCCCUCAGUUUUUACAAUACGAGAGACACUGUUAUUGUAUACUACCAUCUCUAUCCUAGACACAGAUACAUCAGACAGGAACUCCAUUUUGGACUCCACUUGUAGAAAUUAAUGAUUAUCUGAGAUGUCUAUAUUAUAUAUAAA